AUCAUAUUUUCUAUGUGGACAUUUACUAUGUAUUGAUGUAAUGUCAACAUGGAUAAUGGAAUUUUAAUAGUCAUUGUAAACUUAAAUGGCAGAUCAGCCAGAUUAUUUGCAGUGUGUUUAUAUAAAAAUGAAGUAUUUUUAUUUCAGCCCUUGCGUGCCCCCAAAUAUUUAUUAAAAACAAUUUUUUCCCCUUCAAUUGUUAUUUUUGCUUUUAAACUUGGACAAAAGAGGUAGAUCACUACAGUUCAUUUGGGUGAUGUAAUACAUAAUAAUUGGGUUAUUUUAAAUUGUUUGCCAAACUAAUUCUUAAUUUUAUGAUUUAUUAACAAACCGUAGGCAAACACUGAAAUUUUGUUUAUACUGGAAAAAAGGCAAAAACAAAACCCCACGCCCCUUUUUAAAGUGAAGGCUUAUUUACCCAUGAAAAGAAGACCAACACAGCCAGCUAGAUUUUAAAAAAAUCUGUUUUAUGACAUUGUGUCUGUUGCAUACUCUGGUUGCUGUUAGGAAAUUUUACUAAACCACAUCUAGCUUUAAUGGAGUUGUUUGAAUAAUUGUGGGGAGUAGAGAAGGAGGAUGUCCUGGGAGCAAUGAGGAAGUGCUGCCUCAGUCUGAGGGCUCCUACGUGGACCAGGGUCUAAGCCUCUGAGGAGGGCCUGGGGUAGUAGGUGUAGAGAGCGUCAGUGUCUGGCCUCUGUGUUGAUCAGGAAGCACAAGGGCUGCAAGCUGCCCUGAUGGAUGAUGAGGAAGGGCUCUGCCUGUCAUGUAUGCAGUAGCACUUGAUCUUCGAGUAUUUGCCAAUAAUGCAGAUCAGCAGUUGGUUAAGAAAGGAAAAAGCAAAGUUGGGGACAUGUUGGAAAAAGCUGCUGAGUUGUUGAUGAGCUGUUUCCGAGUCUGUGCCAGUGACACUCGUGCUGGUAUAGAGGAUUCUAAGAAGUGGGGGAUGCUAUUUCUGGUGAAUCAGUUAUUCAAGAUUUACUUUAAGAUCAACAAACUCCAUUUGUGUAAACCUCUCAUCAGAGCCAUCGACAGCUCAAAUCUGAAAGAAGAUUAUAGCACAGCACAGAGAGUAACAUACAGGUACUAUGUUGGACGAAAGGCCAUGUUUGAUAGUGACUUUAAACAAGCUGAGGAGUACCUGUCCUUUGCCUUUGAGCACUGUCACCGUUUAAGUCAGAAGAACAAAAGGAUGAUUUUGAUAUAUUUACUCCCAGUAAAAAUGCUAUUGGGUCAUAUGCCAACCAUUGAGCUUUUGAAAAAGUAUCAUCUCAUGCAGUUUGCUGAAGUAACCAGAGCUGUAAGUGAAGGCAAUCUCCUCCUAUUGAACGAGGCUCUAGCGAAGCAUGAGACCUUCUUUAUUCGCUGUGGCAUCUUCCUUAUCCUUGAAAAGCUGAAGAUCAUCACCUACAGGAAUCUUUUUAAGAAAGUGUACUUGUUACUCAAAACACACCAGUUAUCUCUGGAUGCUUUUCUAGUUGCUUUGAAAUUCAUGCAAGUGGAAGACGUGGACAUCGAUGAAGUCCAGUGUAUUCUAGCCAACCUGAUAUACAUGGGUCACAUCAAAGGCUAUAUAUCACAUCAGCAUCAGAAGCUAGUUGUUAGCAAGCAAAAUCCGUUUCCUCCGCUGUCUACAGUGUGUUGAAUGUAUAAACACCUGUUCCUCUGGUGUUUAUCGUACUAAUGAAAUCAGUACUUUGCCAGGACGUUACUUUCUGCAGCCGGAAUCUCUUUGAGGCUCUUCUCUCAAGGAUGUUGAGACUGAGUUCCCCGCAUUCACAGCCACCUUGACAUUCUCUCAUCGCUCAUUACUAAUGUCGACCUCACGGAGACGUGGAAUUUCUUUUUCAAAUGUUGCAGACCCUCCUUUGACUCUGGAGCGUUGGAGAAACUUCUGUGAAGGAGGCUCUUCUCCAAGGCAGCUACAGUUUACUUCUAAGAGUUAUGCAGAAGUGCAAUUUUUUAUAUAAUUUUUCUAUAUAAAAGGCAUUCUGAAUUUAUACAAGUGACAUAAGUCUUUAUUAUAUCUUCUGGGAAAUGAAAUUUUGCUAAGAUUUUAAAAUUCACUCUUUUCCCCCCACUGUCCUUACCAUUAGUCUGCGUUAAAUUAGCAUAUUUAUUUUUGCCAAGGUCCUUUCAGAGAAGUGGGCCAGUGUGCCUACAGAUUGGCAAAAAAAAAAAAGUUUAAUUCUGGGGUUAAAGUAUAUCAGAAAUGAAGGAGAUACGUAGUGUGUUUAAGACGUGUAAGAUUUAAAAAUCUGAAUUGUGUAUACAUUUCCUAUAUUUCACUCAAAAUACAGUUUAAAUCAACUCA